AUGGACGAGGGCCCGCCGCCGCCGCCGCCGCCGCCGCAUGGCGAGAACCCGCAUACCACGGAGGGUGAAUACCGCAAGUCCUCCGAUCUUCCUCAGGGCAACUACGAUAUCUUCAUUGUCCCGCCUCAUUCCGCUGGCUCGGGUUUCCUCUACCUUCCAUCUUUACAAUGCAACCGAAACAGUUUCCUGGCUGGUGUCGCUAGUACGCUACUAGUCGUGCUAGUUUGGGUUCUUAUAUCUCCAAUCUUGAAGGCAUGGUAUAUAGCCUCCGUCGGCAGUGGCAGUGGAAUGGGCAUGGCAGUGGUCGCCCUCGGACUAGGCUUCGCUGGGUGGGCAUUUGGGUCCGCCCAGUCUGGUAUCGCUGGGGGUAAUGGCAAUGGCAGUGGCGGCGCUCGAGGAACACGGUUUGGCUUCAACGGUUCCGGGGGUCCUGGAGGUCCUGGAGGCCCGGGUGGCCCCGGCAACGGUGGGCCAAACAGCAACCAGAACUCCUCCGGCGCCGGCUAUGGCCAAGGUACAAACUAUGGCGACGGUGGAGGUCAACGACAACAGCAGGGAGGAAAUUUUGGUGGACAACAACGUGGCGGUCAGUAUUCUGGAAAUCAACGUGGUGGGCCUCCUCCAAACGCUGAUAAUGAGAAGCGUGAAAAGGAAGAGGCCGAAAGGCGCGCCAAGGAGGAACGAGCUAAGGAAGAACGGACCAAGGAGGAACGGGCCAGGCAGGAACGAGCCAGAGAGGAACGAGCCAGGGAGCAGCAGGCCAAAGAAGAUCGUGCUCGAGAGGAGCGAGCCAGGGAAGAACGCGCGAGGGAAGAAAGGGCCAGAGAGCAGCGUGCCAAGGAAGAGAGGCUUAAAGAGGAACGAGCUAGGGAGGAGCGUGCGAAAGCGGAGCGUGCUGCAAAAGAAGCUCGUGCCAAGGAGGAUGCUGAACGGGACCGCGCCAAAGAAGAGGCUAAGCGGAAAGAGGACUUGCGCCGCAAGAUGGAUGAGUUCAAGCGCAAACGCGAAGCAGAAGCCAAGGAGAAGGAGAAGAAGCGUGAGCGCGAGGCCAUGGAGAAAGAACUUCAGGAGCGCCGCGAGCAACUUGAGAAGGAAAUGGCCGCAGCUAGGGCAGCCGCCGAGAAAGAGGCUCGCGAUCGAUUGGAGAAAGAAGCCGCAGAGGCUCGUGAGAGGGCCGCAAAGGCUGAAGCCGAUGCCAAAGCCAGAGCCGCAAAGCUGGAAGCAGAAGCCAAAGAGCGAGCUGCCAAAGCUGCUGCUGAAAAAGAGGCCGCUGCAAAGGAAGCCGCCCACAAGGAAGCCAUGGCUAGGUUUGCGGCCCUCAAAGAGGCAGCUAGCAAAAAGUAUGCCGAGAAAAAAGCCCAAGACGCAAAGAAAGAGGCCGCUGCCAAGCCACCUCCUAAGCCCGCCAGUGCUGGCAAUCCUCCUCGAACGCCUUCUCCCAAAAAGCAGCCUCAUCCAACCGCCAACACAGCUGUCGAAGAUGAUGCCUAUUCCUUUCGACCCUACGACAGACCACGGCGUCCUUACGCGGCUGCAACCUCGGUCUACUCAGAGUCCUCUUAUACGCCUUCUCACUCGACUGCACGCACUACUCCUCCACCAUCACAUCGCAGCUCAUACUCAACCAAGGAUCCCGACAAGAUCGUGAUUCAAGGUGUUUACGCCUUCAACAAUGCCUUUAUGAAAACACCUAUCGCGCAGCUCGUCUCCGGACAAGGCAUGAUAACCGACGGUCUAGUGCUCCGGAUCACAACCGAGGGUCUCUUUAUCGACGACGACCUGCGCGGCAUCGGCCAGCGCGAAUGGGACGUCAAGGCGUGGACCCUUAAGCUAGCCGAGGUCUGGUGUCCACAAGGGAACGCACCGAGCUCCGCUAAACAGCAAUCCAGCAACCCCUUCUCUUUCAAACGUGGGAACAAUGUCCCCACAAACGAAGAGUCGGAGGCGUUUCUUGGAAAUCUUCUCAAAGUCUGCAAGAACACUUGCCGUCUUGCUACGCCCGGUGCAUGCUUUUCUCGCAGCGCUGCGGGUAGUGGUGUCAAUGAAGGCGGCAAGACUGACUUUCGUGGGCUCCAUGUUCUACGUGCUAGUCUGCGCGAUCAGGAAGGCAAGAAAUAUGUCUUCGUCUUGCAGGACACCGAAGCGUGGAAGGUUGCUAUUGGACUUCAGCGAUUGCGGGCUGGUGCUCUAGUCCGCGCACUGGGUGUAUCAGCCAUGCCUGUCCCAGAAUGCAAGACUAUGCUCGGUGCUCUUGGCUAUGUUUGA